GACUUUGCAAACGUAUGGCUAGAUUGAGAUUGUACGCAAAGUGCAGGGCAGGAGCCACAUGCUGGGAUAUCAUUCUGUCCACCAGCCACACUAUGAACACACUGGAGCUUAUUCUCUUCAGACAAGACCUGAUCUUUUCCCCAGAUAGACUGGGAUGGAGAGGGACACAAAUCACUUUACAGAAAAUAUAUUAAAUAUAGCCUUAGAGAUCAUCUUCCUGCUGACUGGAGAGACCUAUGGUCCUGUGAAGACAUCAAGUGAAUGUGUAACAUCUAGCAAUAGCCACUAUGUAUAUGGAGAAUCUUAUAGGACACAGAACCUUAUCACGGAGUCUUCACUUCAGUUACUUACACAUAAUAAAACUACUAAUGAGAAGAUCCUCGAACUCACCAACAAGAUCAUUGAGCUGAUGACUGGAGAGGACACAAACCAGGAGAACCUUAUACCAGAGCAAGCACAUGAUGAAGUGGUGGAUGUCAAUGAGAUGAAAGUAAAUAACGAGGAGAUAGACCAACAUUUAGAAGAGGAUAAUAGCUGCUUUAAUGCACCUGAAGUUGAACAAAACAUCACGGAGUGUCCAUCCAAUGACAACUUUGCUUUAAUAGAACCAGUUGAAAAUGACAGUGAUAGUGUAUCUACUGGUAGUUUGAAAAAUGACAAAACCACCAGUAGCAUCUCAAGUUGUGAAACAGAUCAGAUAAAUUCUAAAAAAAGAAGGAAGCACAUUUGCUCUGAAUGUGGCAAAGCUUUCCUGCGCGUAGCACACCUGGUUGUACACCAAAGAACACACUCAGGUGAGAAGCCUUUCUCAUGUUCAUCUUGUGGAAAAUGUUUUAUCAGCAAAUCACGUCUCGACCGACAUUGGCAAAUUCACACAGGAGAAAAACGAUACUUUUGCUCAGAGUGUGGAAAAAGUUUUUUUAAUAAUUCCCAUCUCCAAAUCCACCAAAGAAUCCAUAAAGGCGAGAAACCAUUUGUAUGUUCAGACUGUGGUAGAUCUUUUACAGAGCGUUCCAACUACACCCGUCAUCUGAAGAUCCAUACAGGGGAAAAGCCGUUUUCAUGUUCUGUUUGUGGUCAAAGCUUUGUGCAACUAAUUCAUCUCUUGGUGCAUCAAAAGAAGCAUGAAGUUGAAAACCAGUUUUCUUGCCGAAAAUGUAAAGAAUUCUUUCCUUCAGAGGAAGCCUUUCUGACCCAUCAAAAAGUCCACGACCAUAAACUGUAUUCUUGUCCUGAAUGCAGAAAGUGUUUUCUGAAUGUUGUUAGCUGGAUUAGACAUCAGAGACUUCAUACGGGUGAGAAGUUAUAUACCUGCCCUCACUGCAAAAAGCAGUUUAUAAAUAAAUCCCAUCUGGAAACACAUAAGAGAAUCCACACGGGGGAGAAGCCUUUUGCCUGUCCUGAAUGCAAGAAGCAUUUUAGUGAUAAAUCAGCUCUAAAUAAGCAUAUUGCAGCCCACAGGGGAGAAACACCCUUUAACUGCAACGAAUGUCCUAAAGGUUUUAAGCGGAAAGUGAGCCUUUUUUUACACCAGCAGCUACAUAAGGGAAAUAAAGUGUUUACUUGUUCUAGAUGUAGAAAAUAUUUUUCCAAUGAAGUUGAUCUACUGACCCACCAGAAGAUUCAUGAGGCUGAUAACCCAAUAUCUUGCCCAGAGUGUCAUAAAGUGUUUGUUAGUAAAGUGAGCUUAGUUGCCCAUCAGAAGCGUCAUAUUGGGGAAAAGCCGUUUUCAUGCUUAGACUGUGGUAAAGCCUUUAACGACAAGUCAAGUUUGGUUGCACAUCGGAGAGUCCACACAGGAGAGAAACCAUUUGCCUGUGCUGACUGUGGCAAAGUUUUUUCUGUAAAGUCAAAUAUGGUUCGCCACCAAAAAACCCAGACAGGAGAGGAACCUUUAACUUGUGCUGACUGUGGAGAAAUCUUUAGGUCAAAAUCAUGUUUUGACUUCCAUCGGAAAAAAAUUCAUACCGGCGUAAAAUAUUUUUCAUGUUCCAAAUGUGAAGAAAAGUUCACCAACAGGUUGAGCUGGCGUAAGCAUUGUCAGAUCCACAAAGAUGAGAAGAUUUACACUGAACUGCACAAGCAGCUAACAAUGUAUGAAUGCGCCAAGUGCAAAAAGAAUUUUAAUAAAAAGUCCAACUUAGUAAGACAUAUGAAAAUUCAUGACAAGAAGUAAUAUUUUGAGAUUACCAAUGUGAGACUUUUCAGUGUAAACAUUUUCUUAGACAGGUCCUCUAAUCUUAAAGGGACAUUUCCAUCAGAAAGUGGUAUUUUUUAAAUCAAUAAUAACUGAAAGCAUUUCACUUAGAAUUUUCUUUGCUGUUUUUCAUUUUGGCAAUACUAUGCCAUUGAAAAUGAAAUGCAGAAUGUUGUUCCUCUGUAGCAAACAGCACAAAUGAUAGAACCUUCUAAAUAGGUAACCAUCACAAGAAAAGAAUCUCUAUAGUCCACAGUAACUGUGUUUAUGCACUGGCCUGAUGUCUUAUGCAUCAACAGCACUAUUUCAGUGCUUGAGUGCCUGCUGGGAAGAUGUGCACCAGGGUUGCCUAGGCAACCAUGGCUUUUUCAGCAGAGACCGCUGACUAUCUGGAGAGCUCAGGCAGCAGGAUGCGUGGGUGAGCUGCUUUAACUACUCAUAUCUUUGGAUCUGGAGCUCCUAGAUAUAUUGUUUUGUUUGAAAGCUGAAAGUCUAAGCUUUAAAACAAGAUCAGGAUCACAGCAUUAUCUCCACUACAUUGGAAUGAUAGCAGGUUCGGGAAUAAUACCUGAUUUCUAUCCAAAGAUAUGAGUGGUUAAAGCAGCCCUCACUGUUUGUGACCUAAUUCAGAUGGAAAGGUGUUAAUGUGAUCCUCUCCUGAGAGUUUUUCCUAAUGUUCUAGGCACUUAAGGGGUAUACACUGGGUGGCCCUUUAUUCUUCCUUUUUUUUUUUUCUUAUGUAUGUCGCUAGUGUGAUCUCUGAACAUGUGGCCGCUUGCGCGUGCAGCUGGUGCAAUGGCCAGAGGGUCUCUGUUUCAAUAAGCAGAGGCCUGUAGCUAUUGUCCGUGAAUGGCAAGAAAGCCGAUCACGGACAUUACAGCCUUUAGAUGCCGUCAUCACGGCAUCUAAAGGAUGAAAAACCUGGAAGCGCUCUUCUGGGUUAAUAUCGGCAUCCGCGUGCUGCAAUCGGGGAUGGAGAUAAUUAAUUCUAAUAGACUACGAGACUCAGCAUAUUAGAGAAAUCUAUGUUUUUCUAUAUUUCCUAUGGGAGUAUAGAAAUAGUCUAUAAAAAACAAAGUAGUGGACAUUGUAGCCUCCUAGAGGCUCCCAAAAAAAAAGUUAAAUAAAAUAUAAAAAUUAAAAUCACCCGCUUUCCUUAGAAAAAAAUAAAUAAACAUUGUAGGCAUCAUUGUGUCCGAAAACACCCUUACUAUUAAAAUAUAAAAAUAUUUUUCCAAUACGGCAAAUGGCCAUCUUCCAUUUUUUUCAUCGCUUCUCUUACCCUCAAAAAUGAAUAAAAUGUGAUCAAAAAGACACACACACUCCAAAAAUGGUGUCAAUAAAAACUACUGAUCAUACCUGCAAAAAAUGAGCCCCCACACAGCACAGUAGACAUUAUUAUACAUAAGUUAUGGGGGUCAGAAUAUGGUGAUGUAAGAAAAAAAGUUUUUAUUUUUUUCAGUAUUUUGACAUAUAAAACCUAUACAUAUACCGUAUUGCUGUAAUCGUACUGACCCAGAGAAUAAAGGGCACAUGUCAGUUUUUCCAAUUCCAACCAAUUUGGAAAUGUUUUUCCCGCUUCCAAAUACAUGGUAUGCCGUAUUAAAUGGUGGCAUUAGAAAUUACAACUUAUUCUGAAAAAACAAGCCCUCAUAUGGAUAUGUGAAUGAAAAAAUAAAAGAGUUAUGGCUCCAGGAAGACAAAUGAACGAACGAUUAAACGAAACGAAAUUAAAACAAAAAAACUCUGGUAUUCUAAGGGUUAAUUAUACCAUCCACCGUUUAAAUGUUUUAUUAGAUUGUGCUUUAUUGAAGCUGCUUAAUCACCCCUGACCUGUGACCCCGGGAGCAAAGGGUGGCUCCAUAGUGUUUGUAUGUACUGUAGUAGCCCAGAGGGGAGAAUCGUGGAUGGUCGGUACAUCUCACUGAGAAUGUAUGCCUCAGUGAUAUAAUUCCCGGAAAUAAGUAUACCAGUAACAUUAAGUUGCUGGGAGGUUUUCAUUAAAGUGGAUUUUGGGUCCGGGUUUUAGGAGUGACCAGAGAUAUUGGGUGGGACAGGUCACUCCCAUACUCCAUCCAGGGUUUUCCUACAGUGUGAUUAAAAAGGCUAUGGGAAUCUCAGCUGGGGAGAUCAAGUGUGCACACACUAACUAAAGCUGAACAAGCUAAGAGGGAGGAAUUGGUCUCUGAAAGACCCCAGAGAGUGGUGAGAUCAUAUUGUUUUGUUACCCAAUUUGGAAUGAACACAAAAUGUGGAACUUUAUGUUAUGCAAUGUAUGUGGGCUGAAGAAAGCUUAAAGCUAAAGUUUGGACAUGUUUACUUUUGUUUGCUGAAAUAAACACUGCCUGUAGUAAAGACUAAACUGACACGUGUAUAUGUGUGCACAGUGAUAUAUAUAUAUAUAUAUAUAUAUAUAGUGUGGGGAUUCUCUCUGGUAGGCAAAUUAGCGGAUGCAGUACAAAGUCUUUGA